AUGCAGAAGUUGACUGAGGCGUUCGAGAUCCACGAUCAGGACAAGCAGGGCGAGUACCUCGACAAAUUCCUGGACACGAGGCGUGGCAAUCAGACGUUGCAAGAGUUUCUAUUGAGUUUUCGUGAGAGAUAUACCGAGGCGAAUGACAAGGCGGACUUGACGAUCAGCAAUGUCGGACUGACACACAUGCUGUUCAAAUGGUGUGGUUUGCCUGUCAGGCGCAUCGCAGACAUCAAACUCCACAUCAACGGAUAUCUGGAGCAGUUUCAGACAGUGUAUUCAAUGCUAACAAGGAUUGCCAAGCAGGAGAUGGCAUCAGGCAGUGGACACGCACAUCACUACAUGGACGAUGACCAAGUUUCGGACCAUGUCGUGGACUACUACCAGGACUAUGACGACGAAGGAGUAGAGUUGAUAGACUGGACACAUGACGAGGAGAGCGGCCUACACUAUCGCGAGUACUGGACGGAGACUGGUGAGGCGACCUACGGAGCUUACGACGACAACGGCAUCUGGUACGAGGCCAACGACAUCGAGGCGUGGCUUGACGAGCAGGAGCUGGAUCAGGCGUACCAGAUGAACGGUUUCAGGAGACGUUUCCGCUUCGGCGGCUUUCGACGGAAAGGUAAAGGCAAGAGUGGCAAGGGCAAAGGAGGACGUGGUCGCAGCAAAUCUCGCGGUCGUGGUUUCGGACAUGGAAAAGGACGUUGGUACAAGAGCAACCACUACGAGGAGCCGACGGACCAGAGCAUGUGGGGCGACAGGAAAGGUGGCAAGAAGUACGGCAAGCACAACACUCAGGACAGCAACAAAGGCCAGAAGUUGGAGGUGAAGUCUUCUUCGGCCAAGCUGUCAGGCAUCGAUGGAGUUCCGAAUCCAUCACUGGGUCUGGGCAAGUUACCGUUGAACCUGGACGCGCUGCCCAACUCGAGUUUCACGAUGGAUAUGCUCGGUGGCAGCGGCAGUCGAUGCCCUCUUCUGAUGCCUUUGGAGACGAUGAUCAAUAACACCAUGGGCCUUCUCACCGGCAUCCUACCGAAUCGAGACGGAGUCCUCAUCAUCAACACAUUGGACGGUCUCGGGAACAAGGUGAGACCGACCUGCUACAUGAGGGCUCUCUACACGGACUCCGGCCACUACUUAUUUCCGAUCGACGACCCGCAGGCUGGCACUGGCCGCGAGCGAGACCGACUCAAGCAGGCGGUGAAGGCUUACAUGGCGAAGGUUUUAGAUGAGGACACACCCAAGAGCACCACGACAGUUUUGGAUACGGUAUUGAUGACAAACACAGACAGGGAUGACAAGCAGAUCGAGGCUCAUCAGUCACUGGACGCCGGCAUCUAUGUACCUGACUCGCAUCGAGGCAUGCACAGCGGGAAGAAGGAGACGCUUGCCUUGUCCAAUGCAUUGGACGCCGGCAGCUAUGUACCUGACUUGCAGCAAGGUGGCGUGCCCAGCGGGAAGAAGGAGACGAUUGCCUUGUCCAGGACUGAAGCAACGGAGUUGGAUGCAACCAAGAACGAAGAAGCACAGACCUCAGAGAGUAGAAUGAGAGUGAGAUCGGAGGUCUACAAUGCCAUCAGCACCAACACCGACACGAUCUACUCGGACAGCAAGGACUACUACAGAAGGUGGCGAACUUUCAAAGCAUCGAGAUGGACUGGUGUCAACAUGUGGCCCAAGAAGAUGGACACCAACAAAGCCAAGCAGCUCGACAUAGGCUAUCGGGCCAUGCCGGAGGAGUUCUACUUCGAGAGUCAAUUACCUGUCGUGACACCCGAGAACCUGGAGAGCUGGAUGGAGCACAUGAGCAUCUACCAUGUGGACGUGCAGGAGCGCAUGUCCGGCAGCAGCAGGUUCUCUCGGCGAGCAUCACUGCAGGGUCUCAUGGUUGGCUUUCCUGUGGACUAUCGAUACGGCUGGGACAUGUCUGACAAGCACCACCAGAGGUUGCUGAGCACCUUUCGCGGCAAGUGCCACAUCGGCACAACCUUGUGGGCACCUACCUGUCAGCCAUGGUCUAUCGCCAGCAGACACAAGGAUCCGGCUGCCCUGGAAAGCGAGAGAAGAUCACAGGCACCAGCUAUCAUCUUCAUGCUGAAUGACAUCAAACAGACAGCGGACACCGAGCAGCAGCAUAUCGUUGAGAAUCCACACAACAGCGAUUUCUGGAGCAAGUCUGACUACACAGGCGUGGUCGACAUGAACAUCAUGAGGAGCUACGCAGCAGACCAGUGCUCAUUCGGCGCGACCAACGAGCUCGGUGAACCAAUUCGGAAACGGACACGACUGGAUUCUACAUUCUCCUUGAGAGCGAGCACACGACAUUGCAGAUGCAAGAUACCUCAUGGACACUUGACUGGCGCAGUCGACGGCAUCAAGCGCACAGCCAAGGCGGCAGUCUAUCCAAAGAAUUUCUGUGAUGCUAUUGUGCAGGACAUCAUCAGGAUCGUGAGACACCAGAUUCACUGGGGGUGCGAGAGGUGCCGGCUCGGCAACAAGACGGACGCAGAUCACACUCGCAAGCCGGGCAACUGCAGGAGGCGGAUCACGAGCAAGCAAAGGGUGGAGGAGCCAGAGAUUGCUAUGAAGAAGUGGUACGACGUCAAGCCCAACUUCGAUCUCAGCAAGAUGGUCUCUCGCCUGAAGGAGGCUACCGACAAGAAGGAGAUCUUACAGUUGCUGCUGGGUUUUCACAUCAGGUUCUGGCGCGCUCCCGUGCCGGACAUGGUGAUAUUCCUCAAGAGUGCAGAAUGCUGGAACAAGACGCUGGCCGCAGUUAUCACAAUGGUCUGUCUGGCCUGUUCUGUGUGCAGGGACUUGGCCAGACCUCUUGCAAAACCACGUGCUGGAAUCACAGUACCACUACGUUUCAACCACAGAGUUCAGCUAGACUUGUUUUUCAUGUGGGACAAGGUGUGGCUUCUGGUCAUAGACGAACUGUCCAGAUACAAAGUGGCGGACAUCGUCGCAGAUCGCACGCCCAAGGAGCUACUGACUACUCUGAUGAGGUCAUGGAUCAGAUAUUUCGGGCCCAUGCAGAUCAUGGUUCUGGACCAGGAAGGCGGCCUCGUCUCAGAACUUUCUUCCAGGACGUGCGACAAGCUGAACAUCAAGCGACGGUAUGCCGGCACCGACGACCACACGAUGACCGGUCUGGUGGAACGUUGGAUUCAGCUGGUUCGACUCUGUGCCAUGAAGCUCAAGCGUACCUGCACCACGCAGGGAUUCGAGGUCUCGGACACGGACUUAGUUCAGGAGGCGGCCAUGGUUUCCAACAGUAUGGUCAGCUACGGAGGUCAGACGGCGACGCAAGUGGUCUUAGGCUUCACACCCAAUGACUACUACGACCUUGAGGCCACCACGCUGGACUCCGUGCAGAGCGCCGACGUGAGCUGCCCCGAUCCGUUCGAGGCAGCUGUCAGGCUUCGUCUUCUUGCGAAGGCAGAGAUGGCACGAGCGAUCGUUGAGGACAGAGUUGCACGAGCUAACAGGACACGCGUUCAACAACACGGACCCGAACAGGAGCUGAAGGUCGGAGAGUCCGUCGACAUCUACAGAGUACCAGACCGCAAAGAUCAGCCAGGCUGGCGCGGCCAGGCUGAGCUCGUCAAGAUCUCGGAGGGCACGGCGAUAGUUGUCUGGAACGGAGUACCCUACAUUCUGCCGGUGCGGUACCUCAGGAGGCACCUGGUCGGUUUCCUAACGUAUCAGGCAACCAACAUCUCCGAGCUCAAGACAGACGACCAGCAGAUGCUCAACACCCUGGGCAGGCUGAUGGACAUCGUGGACGGCAGCAUCUAUGGACAGGUGACACGGCUCGGCAGGACAAUCACUCAGGAUGGUCAGGUCAAGUGCUCACCUGAUGCCAAGACACUGGUAAAUCUUCAGCCCUGGAAGUUGAGCAUGAUGACGUACAGAACGAUAUUUCACUUAAAAAGCUUGGACGGCAUAUUGUACGGCACGUCGCUGCGCAGGGUACCACCACUACAUGCAGUUCGGUUCGGCUUACUUGUCUUGUGGGAACGAAAGGAUCGCACCAACUACAUGACCUACGAGAUCGACCCGAGCAUGGGCGUGACAGUUGGUAGUCUGGUAAGUUUCAAGUGGGAGAAUACCUCGUUCAUGAUGUACUAUUCGAUACCAUCACAGUCGGACCCUUUCCUCGACGAGCACCACUUGCCAGACAUGAAUGACCUGUCUCGCAUCGAGCCAGUACCCGAAUCGGCGAUCGACGUGAACCGUGACGUUCAUGACAUGAUAAGCUUGCUUCCCGACUUGGACGACUGGAUGGAUCAG